GGAACUUUGUGUCUUCGAUAGCAGAGCAAUGUCGGACCGAGAAACAUGACGUACCCUAAAAAUGGCGCUGCGCUUGGAUGCCAGACUUUUAAUGCGGAAAAUUCGAGACUUAAGGUGUUUAACGUCUAGAAGACAUCGAGUGAAAGAAAAAUGGGCUGCUUCACGUCCCAAGCACCCUCCUACCAGUUUAGCAGUAAAGCAUUUUGAUGUCACCUACUGCAGUCAGCUGGGGCAACUCUGGCCUUCGGUUCGAGUUGCUCUGCUCUCGGAAAGAAAGUACGGAGCUCUGCUCAAUAAUUUCUGCAACGAUGCUUUUGUGGAUGAUCUUACGUCCCAAGGAUGCAGAGACUUCAUCACGGAUACAGACAGAAAAGAGUAUGUGUGCAUGGAGCGAGACCCACAAGUCAAAUUUAGUGAGAAGUCUGAUGCCACCUCUCUGGAGAAACAUGACAUGAUUGGUCAGCAGCAGUUAUCAGCACCGCACCUCAGCACUAACAUCAAGUGCUUCGUCUUUCCGAGAGGAGAUAUCACACGUUUCAAGCCAGCUAGACCAGAUAUGUCUGGGUUAUUGGGCUACUACCUGAUGGAUGCAGCGUCAGUGUUGCCUUGCCUUGCACUCGAUGUUCACGAGGGCCACACCCUGCUUGACAUCUGUGCUGCCCCAGGAGGAAAGAUGCUUGCUUUGCUGCAGACCCAGGCCAUUGGUUUUUUGUGUUUGAAUGACUCGUCUGUGUCACGGACAUUACGACUGAGGAAGGUGCUCCACAGCUACAUACCUAAACAGCUUUUGACCAGUGAGAAGCUACGGAUCACUUCCUUUGAUGGCACCAAAUGGGGGGAAAUAGAACAGAAUACUUUUGACAGAGUCCUUGUUGAUGUUCCCUGUACCACAGACCGACAUUCACUCAUAGAGGACGAGAACAAUAUAUUCAGUAAGAACAGAACUGGCGAGAGGCGACAGCUGCCACAGCUACAGCUGCAACUACUGAUGGCGGGAGUGGUGGCAGCACGUCCGGGUGGCGAGAUCGUUUACUCCACCUGCACACUUUCUCACAUCCAGAAUGUUGGCGUGGUUGAACAAGCCAUCCACUUGGCGCGUGAGAACCACGGCAUCCAGCUUGAGGUUGUGGACCUGCGACCACUCACAAACAUGUUCAGGAAUACCUUUCACUUCGCUUCUGAGCUCCAUCUGGGUGAGAUGGUCAUCCCACACCUGGCUGCCAACUUUGGACCCAUUUAUAUGUGCAAGCUAAGGAGGCUCACAUAGACCGUCGAUUAACAUUUGGUAUGCAUUUUACACAUAUUGUCAUGAUUCUGCAUUUAACGUAUCACAAUAAAGUCACAGUUAACAGUGAUGCACAAGUAGGAAACAGCUUUCCAGGGACUGGGAGUAAUUUUGGGUGUCCCGUGCAAGGAAGAAUCCUCCAUCUGCUAUCCUUUAUACCACACAUUGAAGUACAAUACACAGAAAUCUUUAUUGUCCGCUGUAAUGGAAGUUUUCUUUGGUUUACUGGCGCAAAAGAAGCAGACAACAUUGGAGCAAUAGGAAUACAGAAGUUCACUAAGUUACAGUAAUAAGACGAUAAGAGCAUAGAACAUUUUUAAAAAUUUAAAUCCCCUCGCUCAGUGAUUCUCAGUGUGGUAAAAGUACUACGUUGGCUCCAUGUAGUGGUACAUGAAAAUCACUCAAAUACAAAUGUACAAAAUUUAAAAAAUAAAAUACAAUCCAACAUAUUACAAUAAAGCUUGUAGCUAUGCAUACAGCUUGUUUAAACUUUAAAAAAAAAAUCCAUUACAAAAUCCAUCCAUCCAUCCAUUUUCUGAGCCGCUUCUCCUCACUAGGGUCGCGGGCGUGCUAGAGCCUAUCCCAGCUGUCAUCGGGCAGGAGGCGGGGUACACCCUGAACUGGUUGCCAGCCAAUCGCAGGGCACAUACAAACAAACAACAUUUGCACUCACAUUCACACCUACGGGCAAUUUAGAGUCCCCAAUUAAUGCAUGUUUUUGGGAUGUGGGAGGAAACUGAAGUGCCCGGAGAAAACCCACGCAGGCACGGGGAGAACAUGCAAACUCCACACAGGCGGGACCGGGGAUUGAACCCCGCUCCUCAGAACUGUGAGGCUGACGCUCUAACCAGUCGCCCACCGUGCCGCCCAUUACAAAAUCGAUUACAUUCUUUUACUUUCAUUAUGGUGGAAAAUUUUUUUUUGAGGCGGUACUUUGUGUAAAAAGUUUGAGAACUACUCACCAAAGUAAAAGACCGUUUUGUUAAUAAACUAACUGUAAAAAUCACAUUGUUGAUAGUCAGUGAUAGAUGUAUUGUUAGUAUUUAUACAGUAAAUGCAUAGAUAAUUAUGAAUUAAUAGUGCUUAGUACUUCUGCUGUACCUUCAGGAGGCCCUGGUUCAAGUCUCUGAGUGGAGUUUGCAUGUUCUCCACCUUACUUGAAUUAUUUUUGCAGGCAUUCUCAUUUCCUCCCACAUUCCAAAAACAUGAUCUUAGCUUAACUGAAGACUCUAUAUUGCCCAUAGGUAUCUCUUACAUGUAAGUACCCCGUACUUAGGUGUACAGUACAGCAAAAUUACAUAUCGUCUCUCUCAGGCGGAAUUCUCGCAUCUUCAAAACCAUUAUUUUUCAGGAAAUUGGAGGGGGGACUGCUUAUAUUUUGAGUUAUUAAACAUAUCGGGAAAGAGUGUGCUAUUUUCAACACUUAAGAUUGGUUAACAAUAUGUAGACUUAACAAACCGAAGUGGGAAGAGACUAAGUGCAAAAAAAAACACAAAAAAAGACCAAAUUUAGGCAUAGGUUUCUGCUCAACAAUGCCUAUCUCAUAUAAAUGCAAAACAUGCUUGUUCUUAGUUUGCUAAGCUAUUUCUUCUUACCAGGCAAUUUUUCUGUAAGAGUAUUUCACCGGUUCCAAGCAUUAGUUUCCCUUAAAAAUCUUAUUAUAUAUUAAGAUCUUAUAAGCAAGUUUAUCUUAAAAUAAGAAAUACCAUAAUUCUAUCGGUGUAGUAUAAAUACAUAGAAGGCCUCAGUGGUGGGUGGCAUGGUUGAGACUGGUUAGAGCGUCUGCCUCACAGUUCUGAGGACUGGAAUUCAAAUCCCGGCCCUGUGGAGUUUGCAUGUUCUCCCCAUGCCUGUAUGGGUUUUCUGUGGGCACUCCGGUUUCCUCCCACAUCCCCAAAAACAUGCAUGGUUGUUUGUUUAUGUGUGCCCUGCGAUUGGUUGGCAACCAGUUCAGGGUGUAUCCCGCCUCCUGCCCGAAGAUAGCUGGGAUAUGCUCCAGCAUGCCCGCGACCCCUGUGAGGAUAAGCGGCUCAGAAAAUGGAUAGAUGGAUGGGCCUCAGUGGUGAGUUUUGAGCCUAGCUACUUGUUUUAAGAAAUCUUAACAAAAAAAAUCUCUUUCUAGUAAUUGAUAAUUUUGCAUAAAUUACAUAAUAUAGUCUUCAUUUCUGUACUUUUCCCUUGUUAAUUUUUUUUUACUUACUGUUUUUGCAGUCUUCUAACCGUAAAAAAAAAAACAUUUGUCAAAAAGACCUUGCGCUGUAUAAUAUUUUCCCACUAGAGGGCACUAAUGGUCUGUCAUAUAUAUAAAUAAAUAAAGCAUAUGAUAAACAUAGGGUAUGAGAAAUCACAUAUAUAGAAAUUUCUUAACAAAUAAAGCACCCUCUUUUUGCUCCCCAGUAAAGGAGGGCUUCCUUUUCAUCAGGUUUGAUGUCUGCCUAAUAAUGUGGUGGGAGGUCAUUAUGAGCAUGCAGGCAAUGACUUAUUUGACCGUCUCAGUCUGUAUGGCGUGCAUGAUAGCGUCGCAUUGACUCUCUUUUGCAUUGACAUCACUCAGAGGUGAAAUGUUCUCUAAUGUGAGCACCGAAGAGGUGUCUCUCUUUUCCCCCAUCACACCACAGAUGACCCUUUAUGUUCUCCCGGCCAGGCAAUGUAGCAUGAAAAAGGUGUGCGUACAAGCACAAGGGUGUGUGUGGUUGUGUGUCUAACGAGCUGGCCAUGCGAGAGUGUCAUCGACUGGCUGCUGUCAUUAAGCUGCUCCAAACACUGAGCUGACUCCCAUCCACAUUGGACAGCCACGCUGCUCCCAGAUGAACAUUAAAGAGGCAGAGAGCUAAAAUGGAACAUCUCGCCCCCCUUUCUAUUUUUUUUUUUUUUUUUUUUUUUUUGCCCCCUCUGCUUUUUUUAUUCCACAGAUGAGUGCAGAUAAUUAUCUGAGCGAUUGUGAGUGAUUACUGUAUUACUGCGGUACAAGGGGGAUGUAUUGGAGAAUGCAGAGGGAAUUAAUGACACAUAAAAACUAUUUUUGUAUUGACUGCUUUCGUCUUCAGGGCCUUGAGUGCCUGUUCACAUCUCUUGUGAUUACCUAAACGUAUUGUAAAUAUGUGUUUCCGAUGGGCCCUUCCAUAAAUUUACAUGUUUUAACACUCAGGAGACUGCAGACUGUUAGAGAUCAGUUAGCUGGCUAUUCUGCCUGUCUCGACUUUAUUGAAUUGGCCAAUGAGGCGCUGUACACUUGCGUCGCUGUGUAUAAGCCUGCCAUAGACAGAUAUAUGCCGCGUAUUAAAAAGAUGAAUAUCAUGGGUUUAACCUUGUUUCCUUGAGGUCUGCAGGUGCAAUUUUUUUGUCAAUAAAGAUGCAAAACACUCA